AUGGCAGGUUCUGGUUCGCGUUCUGCGAAUGCUCAUGUCCAGAGUCUUUUAGACAAAAUCCGAUCGUACGAAGAGCAGCUUGCUACCCAUUCUGAGAGGGGUUCGGUAGGUAACCAGCAGGCUGGAUAUAGUCCGGGAGGUCGUGGAUCGUCAGUCCAGCACCCCGUGUUUAUUGCGCCUGCUCCUCGACAGGGUGGACCCGCGACCCCUAGCACGCAUGGGAUACAGGAACCAUUAUCGGAAGGAGUGUCUUAUCCUGACAAUGAUGAUGGUAUAAGUCCAGCCACGGACUUGACCUCCGGACCGGCCUUUGAAUCUCAGGUCCGGUCUUUGCUGCAUCGAAAUCAACCAUAUAGUGAUUCGAAUAAGAUUCAUGCGGAUAUAAUGGGAGUAGACUCAUCCACCAGUCAAUGGAAAUCAUCCCAAGCACUGGUCAAUGAGACUUCCGCGCCUAUGAUCCCGUCAUUGUCAGAAUCUCAGCACCUUCUCGAUCGAUUUCUGUUCUAUUUAGGCGUUAGUCAACAUUUCUUCGAUCCUCGCACCUUUUCCGAUUCAAUGAUGCUCUUAUUUCAAUCUCCAGAGCGACAGCGACAGCAGACUCGAACGACUUGGUUUACUGAAUACUUGCUGGUCAUGGCGAUGGCGAAACUGAUGGAUGUUGAAGAACCAACAUCUCAACCGCCGGGCGCAAGCCUUUUUGCGGAGGCGAUGAGACGUCUGCCUCGUUUGCACCAACUUGGUGAAGAGGGAGUCAUCGCUGUAGAGAUUCUAACUUUGAUCACGACCUACCUUCAAUGGUGUGAUCGCAAACAUGAUGCUUAUCUCUACGUUGGGAUGGCUCUACGAUUAGCUAUAGCACUCGGAUGCAAUCGACCUGCUGCUGAACAAAAUUUUCUUCCCUCGGAGACUGCGCAUCGGGUGCGACUAUGGUGGACAGUGUAUAUGCUUGACAGACGUCUAUCAUCUGGUCUUGGUCUUGCAGCCGGCGCAGAUGAACGCCAACUUCGCGUAGAGUUUCCGCGCCACGCGAUUGGCUUUCAAUCGCCCAUUGCCUUGAUUAUCAACGUUCGCAUUGCCCGCACCACCGACGAUAUCAUGUCCUCCCUAUAUGGAAAUGCCUCGAUAACUCAAAUUGAACUUGUGCGAAAGGUUCAAAUGGUUCUCCAUGGCCUCUACGAAACUGGGCGCUGUUUGCCUGCGCCCUUACUGUUGGACUUUAGUCGGCCACUCCAGACAGUCACCAGAACCGGUGCAUCGCUGUACCUGAUGCUCUUUCAGGCUAUAAUUCUAUGCACUCGCCCGAUUCUCCUGCAACGGGUUCGUCAAAAGGUCCGUCGACAGGCCGAGCAACAACCCUUGGAACCAGCGCCGCCUAUUCUCACCCGCUUGUGCGAGACAUGCAACGAGGCGGCUACCAAAAGCCUUAGUAUUCUUUUUGCUCUUCAGCGACAACGAAUUAUCCCACGAUACGGUUUCUUCGAUCUCGACGCCACCUUCUCCGCAGCCUUUAUUCUCGUCAUGAUGGGAUUUGUUGGGGACUCAGAAAGCAAACUAUCCCCAGCCCUCGAACAAGCCUUUGUGGUCCUUCGCUUUCUCUCCCAAGCAGGAAACCUAGCCGCGGAACAGCGUCUCCAGGACAUUCUUCAAUCCUGUCUCCGUGUGUGGCCAGAUCAUUCCACAGGUGACAAGCAGCAAGAGAGUAGCAACCAGGCUCCAGCUGGUACCCCUUCAACUCCAUCGCGACCACCACCAGCUGGGUCAUAUACUCCACUAGCCACUGACGGGUUCAAUUCCUUGCAAGAGGAGUCCAGGCUGCUUGAGCCCUGGAUGCACCCGGAAAUGGCAUCUGGGGUGUUCGACAUGCAAGGGGGCUGGAAUAUGGACUUGUCUGGAGAGGCGGAAGGGAUAUAUUCGAGUUUCUAUGAUCCGACGAUGCCGCUGACAGGGGUGGAUUAUACAGACUGGGUGGAGAUUGAGAAGGUGUUAGGCGGGUUGAAUACUUAG